AUCCCUGUGAUGGACUAAAGGUGUGAGGAGGAAGAAAGAGUGGGAGUGGGUGAUGGGGGUGUCUACAUAAGGUUUGCCUGCCUUGAAGGUGAGAAAGUCUAUUAACAGCUGGUGGUGGAGAUUAUCAAGUUCAGACAGCCACUCCCUGGAGGAAUGUACAUAUGUUACAUAAAGACUGCACUGGGGCCAGUGUUGAACAGCAUCAUGACUCGAGCUGACUCAUAGGAUGUGGCAUAAGAUGGAUGGGGGACCGUGAUUUACAUUGUCUACAAAGAUUUGUAUCCACACAGAACAGAAGGAGCUGCAGACAACAAGACUGGAACAUGGAACCUGAUGUGAUGUUUUUGAAAAGGAUUUCCUUCCUGUUUGGAUUCUGACUUGUGUUGACUAGUGUUUUGAUUUUCCUCAGCUGUGUCUGUGAGUGGAUUCUAAUGAGGACCAAGGGAAACCAGUACAGUAAGCCUUACAGUCCAGAGAUUUUCAUACUUCUCUGCUGCCUGUCCUGCUGUGGUUUUGUUCCAACCGGGAAAGCAGCAUGGAUCUGUCCCAGGACCAGUCAUCGGAAUGGAGCUCAGUCCAGCCCAGCUUCUCUCCACUGCUGCAGCACGACGGCUCUCAGGAAAGACUCAACCGCACCUACAGCUUUCACAGCUCUAUAAUGCUGCCCUCCACUUUCAGCUCACCCACUGCCCCUCUCCAUCAACCUCUGCCCUCUCUGCUGCCCUCCUCCCUCAUUCCUUAUUCAUCUAUAAUCUCUUCCCCUUUAUUCUCUACCACUUCGAGCUCAUCCUUACAACAAACAUCCACUUUUGUCUUCCAAGCCUCCUCGUUUCCUCUGUCUCUGCCCACCUUUUCUUCUAACGACUUGGCAGAUCUGGAGAGCAUGCUGCUCUGGACUCUCCAUGAGCCCAGCACAAUCGCUCUGAGCAUCAUGUACUGUCUGUCUUUCAUUUUGGGAUUUGUUGGGAAUUUAAUGUCCCUGCGCGUCCUCACCAACAGGCGGAGCCGGCAGUUGGCUGGCGUCAGCGCCACGCGCAGCCUCCUGGUGAACUUGGCGGUGUGUGACCUGGCCGUGGUGUGUGUGUGCAUGCCCAUCACCCUUGGCAGCCAGAUCUACACUGCCUGGGUCUACGGUGACCUCCUGUGUCGAGCCGUGCCCUUCACGCAGGCUGUUUCAGUCUCAGCCAGUGUUUUAACGCUGACAGUGAUCAGUGUGAAUCGCUACUACAGUGUUCGAUCACCACUGCGAGCUCGCUCCAUGUUUACCAGACGUCGAAUCUUGGCGACGGUGGCCGUGGUGUGGACAGUUUCAUCCAUUAUGUGCGCUCCUAUUGCAGUGAUGAACCGGCGACGAGAGAUCAGCUUUGGGACAUUUGCCAUCUUGGUCUGUCAGGAAGAGUGGCCACAGCAUCGUCUUAAACAGGGAUACAAUGUGCUGCUGUUUGUGAUGCUCUACUGCCUGCCAGUGACCUUUAACCUCACCAUAGGCUUCCUAACUGGCAGACGGCUUUGGGGAGGGAAGAAAUGUACAUUUGCUGAUCUUGAUCCUCGCAGCCAAGCUCUGCAUGCUUCACGCCUCAAGAUGCGCCAGAAGAUAGCCAAGAUGGUGGUGUGUCUGGUGCUGCUGUUUGCUGUGUCCUGGCUACCACUCUACUUGGCUGACCUUUGGAUCGACUGUGAGCAAAGGCCACCAUCUUGGCUCCUGCAGACGCGGCCAUUUGCCCAGUGGCUGGGCCUGACAAACUCCAGCCUUAACCCCAUCUGUUACUGUUUCAUAGGGGAUCUGUACCGCUCAGCAAAGGUGAUACGGAUGCGAUACUACCAAAAAGUCGCCGCUCUCUUCAGCUCCUCCUCAUUCUCUAGCUCAGCUGCAGUGGCAUCUCCUGUCACAAUGAUUACAGACACCAGAGUGACUGUUGGCGAGCGCCACCAUAUUGGUGCUGCUGCUGCUGUGGCAGCAUCUGCAUCCAUCGUCACAAUCCCCAGGCUGUUGAGCUUGGCUAGAGGCCAGGGACUGGGGCAGAAGGUCAGAGACAGUUCAGACAGCCGAGCAGGAUCCGACCACAGUAUCUCAGACUGGUGUCGGUCCAGUCCCAGUGUGUGUGACAGCUCCUUGUUCCCCUGCCAGCUCCACACACUUCAGCACUCCACACAAAGAGCAGACUUCCUCCUAACAAGAAGGCACUCUGUAAAUGAGAAUGCUGCACCAUCACCUUUAAAAAUUGAGUCUGUGGAAAUAGACAUGUUGCCUUUAAGGAGGCAUUCAGGAGACAGAAUAUAUGGUCUGUCAGCUGAUAAGAGAGACAUCAUUACUAUGGGCAGAGACACUCUCUGUUACACUGGGCAGCACAGAAGCAAAACAUCACAAGCCUACUGUCUGGUAGGAGAUGGGGAGGUUGAAACAACCGAUAUGACCAGUCUGUGAAAGCUGCAGAUUAUCUGAUACAUCAGCAGGGAGGAAUUCUUUCUUUUUGUCACACAGAGCUGAUUGACAGUUUACAGGUGACGGUGUGGGUUAAUCCUUGCCAAAGCCAUUGUUUGUUUUAAGGCUAAACUGACCUGGUCUACACUCUCCUUCUUUUUCUGUGUAUCAUCUAAAGCACAGGGGAUUCAGGACCAAUAUCUGCACAGACGAGAUCAGGUUUUUGAAGCCAUGCAGAGGGAGCAGUGAUGGAGUGAACCCUGAAGAGGAAGAGUUGGAGUGUUAUGUAGCCCCAGGCUAGAAAGCCAGUUAUCAGUAAGAAGGAUCUAUUGCAGCAGUGCCAUCACAUGCAAGUCAUAUCAUAAGUGAUUCAGCUGCUAGUCAGAGUUGUGUCUAACAUCUGCUCAAGACAGUAACUUAGCAGGAUGUAAUUGUGUGAUAAAUAUUUUAGUUUAGAUUCUUCUCUUUCUUUCGUAUUGCUUUGCUAAUGGUUUUAAUUGUAUUUGUUGCUCACAGAAAAGGUCAAACCCUGUGUUACAGUGCAAUGUUGGAACAUAGUGUAUCCCACUCAGAUGCAUUAUGCAUAGAGUUUCUGUCUUUACAGGUCAAUGUCAGCAUCAGUGUCUGCAGUCUGUGAAAGAUAAGUGCGGUCGCAGCAGUUGUUCAUGUGUGCAGUCAUACAGGUGAUUUAUAGGGAGCAUGAGAUACACUGUAUAUGAAGCAGAAAAUCAAAAACUCAGAAUACAGUGAAUGGUUACGUUUUGCACAUAAUAACCGUGUGAUAUUGCUAUGAGGUAUGAAAUAGCUUUUCAGGUUCACCUGAUAAUAGCUAGACCAGCUUGUUUGAAAUAAGCUCAAAACAAGUAAGGCUUCUUCAUUCAGAAGAAAUUUAAAAGGUCAGUUCACCCAAAUAACAAACAUGUUUCAUCAUCGAAUGAAAUCAUUUGCAUUCACGUUGAGAUAACCACCGGACUUUUCUAAUGCCACCUGAUAUGAAAUUUUGCUGAAUGUAAGUUUGUUGCU